UCAUGGUCCUGUAGCUGUGAGAGGCUGCCCUGGGUUGUACAGUUAUUGGGUAUCCAAGUGGUUGGCAAUCUUGCCUCUUAGAACCCUUUCAAAGAUUUUUAUGAUGUGGGACAUUAGUGCUAUCGGUCUGUAAUUCUUUGCAAUUGCUUUACUGCCACCUUUGUGGAGUGGGGCUAUGUCUGUUGUUUUAGUGACUGUGGGAUGACCCGUGUCCAUGCUCUCUCUCCAUAGAAUAUUUAAGGCACACGAAAGGAGUUUCUUUCAGUUCUUGAUAAACACGGAGUUCCACGAGUCUGGGCCUGGGGCAUAGUACAUUGGGCAUGUCAUUUAUUGCUUUUUCAAAAUCCUGUGGGUUAGGAUUAUUUCACGAGAUUCUUUAAUUAACAAAUUUUGAGUCAUAAAAAAAUCAUUUAAGAUUGUCGACCCCUAGUCUGAUUAAUGGCUCUCUGAGCACUGAGUCAUAUUAGGACUUCAGUAUCUCACUCAUUUCUUUGCUGUCGUCUGUGUAAGUUCCAUCUCGUCUAAGCAGGCGUCCGAUACUAGUUGUUGUUUUUGCCUUAGAUUUGGCAUUGGAGAAUAAAUAUUUUGGUUUUUUUUGGGUUUUUUCCAUUUCCAUUUAUGGCUUUAAGUUCUUCCUGUGUUUCUUGUUUCCUGUAAGGUUCCUCAAGCUUCAGUUUGAUAUUUUCUAUUUCUCUAACCAGUGCCCGUCUCAGCAGCUCUGUGAUUCUUCAUCUUCACCUGUAUAGGGAACAUCACUCUCUCUCUAGUUUACAUCUUCUCUUCCAUUUUCUUACAGGAAUGUGUCUUGAGCAUACCUCAAGUGCCACAGAGUUAAUUCUAGCAGAAGUUUGGAUCCAUGUUGUUUAGGAUAAUUUCCCAACUUGUUUCAUUUAGACAUGGUUAAUUUGAUCCCACUGUAUGUUUGUUAUUGAAGUUGAACUUGAUGAAGGCUCCUUCAUAACUGAUCACCUUACGCUGGUCAGGAGCCCUGCACAUACAUGCAUAUACUUCUAUUAUGUUGUGAUCUGAGUAUACAGUGGACCCCCGGUUAACGAACUUUUUUCAUUCCAGUAGUAUGUUCAGGUGCCAGUACUGACCGAAUUUUUUCCCAUAAGGAAUAUUGUGAAGUAGAUUAGUCCAUUUCAGACCCCCAAACAUACACGUACAAACGCACUUACAUAAAUACACUUACAUAAUUGGUCGCAUUUGGAGGUGAUCGUUAUGCGGGGGUCCACUGUAUUGUCUUUAAUACUGUUACAUUUCAUACCAAGUCAUCAUUAUUAGUGAAGAUGGGAUCAUCUGUAUUUUCCAGUCUUGUUGGCUCCAUUAUUUGCUCCACUGGUAUGGUUGGUGACCUUACACACCUAAUAUAUGAGAAUUUAACUUUAAUUGUGGAGGUCCUCAGCCUUCAGCUGCAAGCCCAGGAUACUGCAAGCAUUCCUUCUCUGGAUCACCACGCUGAGGCUCUGGAAGAGAGAGAUGGCUUCAGUGAACCUAGAAACUAAGUGUGUCCAAUCUUAUCAGGACAAAGUGGUACUGAUAAUCAUAAUCAUGAUGCAAUGUUUGUACAAAGAUGAGCGACAUUCAGAUGUGAUUGCAGAAAGCCCCUUAGUAUGCGAGCAUUUAGGGUAAACUUAAGCCUAUAUCAGGACUUAAAAAUAAGAACCAAUAACUAAUUGAUUUUUUAUAUGUACAGUCUUUGAGGUGUCAAAAACAAUAAAUUUAGGAAUUACAAGGAACACGAAGACCUUCCCUAUGAUCAGCAGCACCGUCCUGCUGACCAGCGCUAGAUGUCAGCUAGGUAGAUGUACUAGUACAGUGCCACACCAGCACUGUCCAGUAUAUAUCAGGCCUAUACUGGAGUAUGUUGCCCACACCUGGUCAAGAAUGUUAAGAAAUUUGAGAAAGUGCAAAAGUUCACAACAAGACUAGUCCCAGAGCUGUGGGUUAUGUCCUACGAGGAGAGGGAAAUUGACCUGAUGGCACUGGACGAUGAGAGGGAAAUUGACCUGAUGGCACUGGACGAUGAGAGGGAAAUUGACCUGAUGGCACUGGACGAUGAGAGGGAAAUUGACCUGAUGGCACUGGACGAUGAGAGGGAAAUUGGCCUGAUGGCACUGGACGAUGAGAGGGAAAUUGGCCUGAUGGCACUGGACGAUGAGAGGGAAAUUGACCUGAUGGCACUGGACGAUGAGAGGAAAUUGACCUGAUGGCACUGGACGAUGAGAGGGAAAUUGACCUGAUGGCACUGGACGAUGAGAGGGAAAUUGACCUGAUGGCACCGGAGGAUAGGGGAGACAUGAUAACAACAUAUAAAAUACUGAGCGAAAUUGACAAGGUGAAUAGGGACAGGAUGUUACAGAGAUGAAGACUCAUGAUAGUCACAGGGAUGUUAGGAACUAUUUCUUCAGUCAAAGAGUUGUCAGGAAGUGGAGCAAUCUGAAGAGUGAUGUAGUGGAGGCAGGAACCAUACAUAGCUUUAAGAAGAGGUAUGAUAAAGCUUAUGGAGCAGGCAGAGGACCUAGUAGCAAUCAGUGAAGAGGCGGGGCCAGGAGCUGUGACUCGACCCCUGCAACCACACAUAAGUGAGAUGCCUGGGUGUUAGUUGACUGAUGUGUGUUAUAAGGCUAACUUAGGCUCUCCUAAAUUCUCAUACCCAGGGACUUUAUAUAUAGUAUGCAAAUGAUUUAUAUUGUAAUUUACAUCUAGGACCCCAAUGGGAAUAAGUCACUGACAUUUUUUGGUUUAUCCUGGGUAAUUAACACAUCUUACUAUGCAAAGCAACCACAGGGGUAGUUGAAUGAUAGCUCUAGGCCUUUCACGUUACAAUCUAUAUAUCAGGAGCCUGCAAUAUUGCAGAAAUGAGUAGGAAGUCCAGGCAGAUCUAUUCAGAGGAACUGACUCGAUCGUGUUGAUUGCAACACACAAGACCUAGAACUAUCAUUCAACUCCCCCAUGGUUAUUUUCCAUCUUCCAUCGCUCGUUUCACGAUUAUUACAUAUGUUACUAUAUACGACAAUUGUACUUAUAUGUACCUGUGCCUAAAUAAACCUACCCAUCACAUGAAUUAUGAUAUCCACCUCUCCAUAUAUGUAUAUUCUCCUUUUAUAUGAUAUACAACCACUAGGUAGGUACAUUGGUACCUUAAAUACAAUGGGGAACGCAUGGUCGAAGUCCCGCAAGUCUAAAGUCAACGAGGUGACUUCUACCAAGCAAGAGGAGGAAGAUCAAACUAAAGACAAGAGUACAUCAUCAGAUGUAGCCCCACCAGUACCACCAAGUAUUGAUGAUAAAAGGCUGGUACCCACUACCACCAGGCUGCCCAUGGUCGUGGGUAUGUACCCCUUCGUGGCCCGUGGUCCUUCAGAACUCAACUUCAAUAAGGGUGAUACUCUCGAAGUUCUACAGGAUACAGAUUCUGAAUGGUGGCUGGCGAGGCUGAUACGUACAGGAGAGGAAGGUUACAUUCCUGUCCCCUACAUCGCUUCUUCCUCCUCCUUGGAAUGUCAGGACUGGUACUUCGGCCACAUCUCCCGGAUACAGGCCGAGCAGAUGCUACUGAACAGGAUAAAUACCAGCGGAGCCUACCUCAUCAGACUGUCUGAAGCAGGUCAUGGUUACUCUCUCAGUAUCAGGGUAGGUCCUCAAUACACUGAAGCAGGUCAUGGUUACUCUACUCAGUAUUAG